GUUAUGACAAAAUCUUCUUCCUCACGUCGCACAUACACAACACAUGCAACAGGUUUUCGGUCCAUGCGCUGUUAAUAGCGCCCUCAAGAGAGCAAAACUAGUUAGCGACACACGCGACAAUCAUUGACGUUCAGGAAACAAGCAUCUAAGCCUAAAUUUUCUUUGACUAAACGUAAGGCUAGGCAAAUAAAAGGCGUCAUGACUGUGUAGACAUCAGGCUGAUUUCACGUGGAAUCAUGGCCAUGAUGGCAGACAAUUUGGAAAGUGCAUUUGCAACAACAGUGGAGCCCAUUGACCGUGUUGACUCACCCCAGCCAACAAUAUCCACCGCACCCUGUGAUGAACCCCAGGACAAACCUGAAGACUCAAUCCCAGACACACCCCAGAGCACAUCCCACGAUGAACCCGAGAGCACGGCUGCGUCAUCAGGUGAAGUGACCCACGAUGAGGCAAUGAGGAUUCUGCGCGAGGGAUUAGGGGAGGUUUUCCGUGAUGACCCGCUUCUAAGCGACCUUCCUUUCGAGGUCACAGCUGAGGAAGUCGGCUUACAGAUUGCGUUAGAGUAUGGCCAAGCCAUGACUGUCUCUGUGCAGAAAUUCACUGGUGAAUUAAUGCCAAUCGUUGUCAUGCAAGGAGCCAGGGUGCAAGACUUGAAGCAAGCUAUCCAACGAUACGUGACCUUGAAGGAGUCUAGAAGAGGCAGCCAAACCAGCAUCAGUUGGAAAUAUGUCUGGCGGACCUACUCCCUCUGCUUUGAAGGGGAACAGCUGGACAAGAACAAGAAGCUCAAAGAUUACGGCAUCAGGAACAGAGACACUGUGACGUUUGUCAAGAGACGAAGACAACUGGGGGAUAAAUACUAGCCGUGUGGCUUUCUUUUUUAUU